UGUAGUCUGGUAGGGUCACUGUUUCCUUAACAGUCCGUUUUAGCAAGGUACCAUGUGCGAAUCAACCGUUGUCAAGUCUGAAGAAGGCAGGCCAGUCCAGCCUGAGAACUCUGUUACGGCAUUACCUGCUACUGCACCGGCCCCGUCUCCCGCAGUUGGGAAGGCGCCAGAGCAGACAUACAAGAUAGCUCAGCUGCUGAAACAUUGGCCAGCGGUGGUAAUCGCCGUCCAGAAAAGCAAAGACGCGUAUUGCUCUGUAAAGCAAAAGGCCAGCAUCAUCAACUGGUCACUUAACUUGACCGAAAAAGUAGUUGGUUCGGUUCUCAAACUUGCAGAAAGCAAAGUGAGUAGCUGGCGGCCGAUUAUUCAGUACGCAGACGAAGCGGUUAGCAAAGGCAUGGCAGUAAUAGAAAAGAAAUUUCCCGCAGUGAGGGAGUCGCCAGAAAAGCUGUAUGAUGCUAUCACGCAACACAUAACGAAGAUCGUGCGACCCGCAGUACAUAAAACCGAAGCUAUAAGCGAACUCGGCAGGAAGAAACUCAAUAGGGUUGCUAAAACGAUAAUUAAUAAAUACAGUAGUGUGAUCAGCAUCGUGGACAGCUGGCUGGACAAACUGGAGAACAAACUGAACGGCGCAGAAGCUGAAGUAGCAUCUGACGCGGAGACAGCUGCGGCGGAGGCGUCUUCUUCGGCAGCUGCGGCGCCGACCCAGACCACCAUCGCCAGCCCGACGUCAGCGCCCCCAGCGGGCAGCGUGCGUCAGGCGUUGAGGCUGGGCGCUCGCGCCGCCGCGGCGCUGGCCGCCUUCCAGGUGGGAGCUGCCUUCUGGCUGCUGUCGCGGGCGCCGCUCGUGAGCAGCUUCUUCAGAGAGGCGCCGACCCCCGCCUCUUCGGAGUCUCCGUCUUCAAGCGGCGCGUCACUCGCCAAGCUCCCGGCGCUGACGGUCUCGGAGACGGAACAGCCCCCACUGUCCACGCACUCGCUGCACCAGAGGCAGUGACCGCAAGACUUCUUUCCGUAAUUCGAAACUUUCGUUAAAUGUACAUAGUUUACAAGGCUGCUCUUUCAAAAGUUAUUAAUUGGUGAAAUAAAACAAACUAUUCGCA